AUGAGAGCGCGGUUUUUUGUGGAUGUCUUUUGUCCGCGCGGAAUGCCCUCCUUUUGCGAUUUGUCGCUGGAGAGGAAACAAAAACUAGUCCAAGGAGGUCGUGCGAACCAAACAGAGCGAGCUUCUUGGUUGCUUCGGACUACACAGAACUAGGCUUCGAUUCGCCGAACCUCGGAUGGCGAGAUAGAUGACGGCUGUGCUGAGUGAGCAAAGGCGACUCUGCGGGUGGCUUCGUGUCGGAGGCGGUGGUCGGCUGAACAGGUUCAAGGCGAUGCUGGGACCCAUCUCGUGUUGGAGUCAAAGUUUUGUGCUUGUCCGGGAUCGCGGUGGACCUGAACUGCCAGUCUCCCUCAACCGCUCGAAGUUUGCGCGCUUGUUGGAUCAAAAGGACAGGCCAUUGGAAGGUAGUCCUGGUUGUCGUCUCUCCAGAAAUGGCGAGACGGCAACCCCCUGUGGCUGGGGCGCGGACAACAACUUGGUAGGCGUUUCGGGGCUGAAGGACAAGACCAACACACGAAUCUCCGGAGCCUGGGCAAAGUCGCACGGGGCCCAAGUGCAAGAACGGCGACGAGAGCGACUGGUCUGGAUCAUGGCGCGGAAGAUUAACCCAAGCAUUCGUAACUGUGCUCACGGAUAAACCUUGAAGCAGGCGCAUUGCGCAAAGGAAUCAAGCCGCCCAGAGCAUUCCACUUGUCAACGUCGUCCAACUGUAAUUAUACUCUGUGCUGUGUACCUGCGUGUACAUACUAUGUUCUAAGACCUAGGUUAGACAGUCAUGACCAAUGUUAUGCCGCACUGCAAUCGUCGGAGAUCUGGGGGAGGCAGGGGGUAGUAGCGUAGC